UAAAGAUUGUAAAUUUAGACUAUAUCGUGAAAUAUAACUGUGAAUGUAACAUAUUUUACUUUCCUCUUUUAUUGAUGCCCUAUCUACGAACCUAAUUAUAAUUCAAUAUCUAUUAUUAUAUAUACCUAUAUAUUGGGUUUGUGUGUGCUGUACUGCCCAAUAUUAACCCUAUAGUCAAGGGGUCUAAAAAUACACUUAUACUAUAAAAAAUCUUAACUAUUAUAACUAUUUAUCUAGUCGGAUCUGCAUGGAGGUGGACGGACUACAACAUCUUCCGAUCUAUGCCUGUCACUGCUCCAUUCCUGAAGGGGAUUAAGAUAUUUCGUGGUGAUGGCCACUUGGAGGGUCCCCAUUGGUCAAUAGAGGAAAAUGCUCUCUAUUUUGUAGACAUCACGGGGCAGAAGGUGCAUAGACUGGAUGGACAGACCGGCAACAUUACUACUAAGUACAUAGGAUAUGGACCGGUUUCACUCGUCGUAACAGUAAAAAAUAAUCCUAAAUUGAUACUUGUAUCAUCCAGAUCGGAGUUAUACUUCUUGCCUUGGGAUUCUGAAUCAGGAGACCAGUCAUUACGGCUUUUAUCUGUUGUUGAUUUAGGACUUCCAAAUAAUAGAAUAAAUGAUGGUAAAGUGGAUGCUAAAGGAAGGCUUUGGUUUGGAACUAUUGGCAAUGAGGUAGCAGGCGUAGUAGACCGAGAUAAAGCGACUCUAUACAUGUUGGAUGAGCAUAAUUACGCAAACCCAGAGAAUAAAGUGCGACCAGUGAGUGUGUCUAACGGUAUCGCUUGGACUUCAGAUAAUAAAUACAUGUUUUAUAUUGACUCCCCUACAAGAAACGUCGACGUCUUCGAUUUUAACCUGAAUACUGGAAACUUACGUAAUAGGCGAACAUUGUUCAGUUUCAACGCCAACAAUGUGACUGGAGUGCCAGAUGGUAUGACCAUUGAUACCGAUGGUAAUUUAUGGGUGGCAUGCUAUAAGGGUGGAAAGGUAAUUAAGAUUGAUUCUAGAGCGGGCAAGUUGCUAGAGCAGCAUAAAAUCGAAGCCAGUCAAGUGUCUUCAGUGAUGUGGGGUGGGCCUGAACUAUCAACUUUGUUUGUCACAACGAGUCGACGAGAUCUAACUCCGGCGCAGUUGGCUCAAGAACCGGAGGCUGGGUCAUUGUUCGCUAUACAAGGAACUGGAUCCCGUGGUUUCCCCGAAAACCAGUACCUUUUCGCAGACGCAGAUAAAUAUUGAUUCUAUGAACAUUUCUAUCAUGUUCAUGUUAUUGUAGAUAUUUAAAUAAGUACCUAUUUAUUUUACCUUUCAACAACUGACAGUACAUGUACACUUGUUUAAACACUUGUAAUUGAGGUUAAACAUUAUACAAUUGAAUA